AUGGUCGCCAUCAACAUCGUAAAGGAAAGCAACACCUCCUUAAAAGAUUAUGGACCUGGCCUGGUCGGCGUAUUCGUUGGCGGAACCAGCGGAAUCGGCGAAUCCACAGCAAGGGCCUUCGUGCGGUACGCCAUCUCGCCGCGCGUGUACUUACUAGGCCGAAACGAGGCCCAAGCAUCGAAAAUCAUCGAGGAGCUGGGCAAGCUCAACGCGGAAAGUAAAGUCGAUUUCGUCAAGUGCGAUGUCUCGCUCCUGAGGGGGGUUGAUGAGGCCUGUAAAGAGAUUCAGAGGAGGGAGGAGAGGGUGAAUCUGCUGGUUAUGACGACGGGGAUGGUUACCAUGAGGGGGAGGGAUGAAACUGGAGAAGGCGUUGAUAGGAAACUAUCACUGCAUUAUUACUCCCGGAUGCGGUUCAUCGCGAACCUCCUCCCACAGCUGAAUGCUGCUACUACUGCUACUCAAGGUAAAACCCCCGGACUAGCAUCCGUGGUGUCAGUCCUCGAAGCCGGCGGCGAAGGAACGCUUAACCAAGACGAUCUCGACCUGAAGAAUACCUACAGCCUCGCCAAUGCCCGGACGCACGCUAUCACCAUGAACUCGCUCUCGCUGGGGUAUCUGGCCAAGGCGAACCCGGGUGUCUCGUUCAUUCACUCUUUCCCGGGUGGUGUGAAGACGGGCGUCAUGCGGGAGCUGGGGCUUGUGACUAGAAUGGCGCUGCAGGCGGUUAUGGUGCUUGGGAAGCCGUGGAUGGUGCCGGUUGAGGAGAGUGGGGAGAGGCAUUUGUAUGCCGCUGCGGGAUUGCCGGGCUUGAAGCGUGCGGGUGAUGGUGAUGAUGGGAGUGGGAAGUUGUAUUUGGUGGGUUCGGAUGGAGAGCCGCGUGGGAAUCAGAAGGUGUUGAAUGAGUAUAGGGAGGGGGGGACGGACCAGAAGGUGUGGGAGCAUACUUUGGAUGUGUUUAAGAGGUGCUGUGAUUAG